CCUAAAUUUACAGAAACUUCCGCUUCCGGAUGGGGGCAGAUACCCGAAAUUUUUGAGAUCAGAUUAAUUUUACUGAUAUAUUUUACUUAAUGUUAUUGUCAUGUCUUGACACAAGUGUUAUUUGAAGUUCACACAUUUCCCCAUUCCGUAUUGAAGUUUUCACUAAUCUUAAUUUUGACAAAAUGUCGAUAAUCCAAGUAACCGGCAGCAGUGGUAGGAUAGCAGUUGAUCGUACACCAUUUUACGGAACAAGAGUUCCACCAGAAAUUAAGAAACUAUCAAAACCACUGGCUAAACUAGACAAACAGACUUUCAGAAAAAUGCUUCAGUUGAUAGUAAGUUCAUUGGAAGGGAAGGAUGUAGAAUUUUCUCAACUUAAACAGUUAGAGACAUCUGACUUCAAUGAAGAAUUACUGAGUAUCAUAUACACAGGGAUGAUCCAGUUGUUAAAGCUAGCAAUGAGAUUACCACUGGUCUCUCUUAAACCAGAGAUGUUUAAAGAUGAUUUAGUUGAACUACAAAUACCAGAAGCAUACCAUGAAGACUUAUCCAGUGUUAUUUUUGGAUCAAGGAGACCACACAUAGAUACCUAUGCCUUGGAGAGCAGACCCAGAUUGCCCAGACUUGAUUCAUUUAAGUGGAGAGCAGAUGUUGCAAUAUCUACAAGUGUAUUAAACAGAGCAUUAGAACCUACAGUACUUAUGGAAAUGACUUUAAGUAAUGGAAACAUUCAUAAAUUUGAGGUACCAACAUCAAAGUUUCAUGAACUUCGAUAUAAUGUGGCAUUUGUUCUGAAAGAAAUGGAGGACAUUGAACAAAGAAACAUAUUAAAAAUUCAAGAUUAACAAACCAAUAUACAAUAAUGUACUGCCCAAUACUCAGGAUGAAGAAGGUCAAUUGCAAUAAAAUGAAACAUUCCUGUUUUUGAUACUUUUUAGAUACCACUGUGUCAAACAUAUAUUUAAGAAUUGAAUGCUUCUUUUUGUAAAUUCAUUGGGGUGUAAAAGCGUUGACCGAAGUACAGUUUGUAUGAAGCGUGGAAGUGCUUCAUUCUAAAAAUGUGCGCACGGUCAACGCUUUUACAACCCUAUGAAGUUACAAAAAGAACCAUUCAAUACUUAUAAUUACAUUUUUAGCUAUGAUCAAGAAAACACGAAUUUUAUAACUUUUUAUUCAAUUCACCUGUGCACUUUAUUGUGGGACCACGUGUUAUCAUGAAUGAAAAGUUUUAUUGAGUGAUGCAAUUGCUUAAGGAAUAACAUGUGAUGUGCAGUUAGCCAAUCAGAAUAAAGUAUAAUAAUGAAACAUACAUCAAAUGUAAUAAUUGACUAAUGUAUGAAUGAUUACUAUAUUGGUGCAUGAUCUUAACAAUGUUUUGAAAUUUGAAAAUCUUUUUUAUCAUUGAAAAGCAGAAGUGAGAGUGCAGGUUGUUAAAGUUGGUGAUAAUAUAUAAAUGAGAAGAUGUGGUAUGAUUGCUAAUGAGACAACUAUCCACAAUAGUUAAAAAUUGAGUGGUGAAGUUUCUUCCCGAGGCAACUGAGGUUUGAUGUAACAGGUGAUUAUUAUCAAAAUAUGUAUAAUUUAAAAAAAAAAAAAAAGAAAGAAAAAAAAAAGUGAAGUGAUAGUAAUCAAUUUUAGGCGACAUGUAACAGCAUAAGCAAGAAGAACCACUCAUAUGAAAUUGACGAUAAUUCAAAGGCAGUUAUAUUAGUAUUGUUACAUCUCCAUUGAGAUUUUAUGACCCAACCUUACAGUUUUUACUUCUCCACUUGUGGUUCUACUAAGUAUAAAGUUUUCAUAAAAAAUAAAGUGUGAUUUGGUAAGAGGUACCACCUAUUAGGGUAUUUUGUAAGCAGCACAUCUGUUUUCUUGGUAUAUAUUUUGGCCCUGUCACUUGAAUUACAUGAUCUGUAUUCUGAAUGUUCAUCCUAUGGUUUUGUAAAAUAAAGAGAUUAUCAUACACUGUUUCUAUUUUAAUUGUAACAUUUGCUUCAUGUUAACUUGGGUUAGACAUACAUCUGUUUCAAUAUUUUCUUUCCUUUUCUUAUCUUGUUUAUAUUGUGAUGUUAACCUUUAUUAUAUGAAUGUCUAUGUACACUUUAAAAUUGUGAAAUAUAAUUUUAUAUCGUGAAAUUAAACGAUUACAGAUAUAUAGCAUGUAAAAAAGUAUUUUCUGCCAAAUUUAGUGUGUAAUUUCUCAAUUUUUAAAGGCAAAUCCAAAAUCUACAAUACAAUUAUUGAGGAAUAACUGUUAAAUGUAUUUUCACCCAUUCAAGUGAAAACUGGAUUGUAAUAUGAAUAGAAGUUUUUUUCUUACUGAUAUCAAAUUAAAUAUUAUUAUAUAAUGUGAAUAGCAAUAAACUUAGAUAAUAUUGUUCACGUACUUAGCUGUUUAUCGAAGAAUAAUGUAGAAUUUAUUUUUAAAACAAACUUUUAUUUCAA